AUGUUUGUGUCUGUCACUUUCGUUUUCUCUGCUAUUCACUUCCUGCUGGCUGUGGCCUCCCCGGUGGAGGUCCCACGCGGCACGAAGAUCGCUCUGAACAAGCGCACGUCGUUCGCAGGUCCGGACGGCGUCGCUGAUCUUGACGCGAUCCAAAAACACUUCAUCCGCUCCACUGCAAAAAUUCAGGCAGGAUUCAUGGCCUACGAGCGGAACACUGGCACCGCGCACCCGCUGGCGGGCGUCGGUAGUGCAGACAUGAUACGGCGCGCAGCAGACAUUGCGCUUGCGGAAGACAUGGGGGGCCAGAUGUGGCAGGGUGCGAUCGCAGUGGGCACGCCGCCGCAGAACUUUUCGGUCGACUUCGACACAGGGAGCAGCGACCUAUUGCUUCCCGGGCCGUUGUGCACGACGAACUGCGAGGGCCAUCACUUCUACCAUCCCGAGAAGAGUAAAUCCGGGCGCGACCUGUACCAUCCAUUCUCGCUCACCUAUGGCGAUGGCACGAGCGCGACGGGCUCAGUGUACUCUGACACAGUGCAUAUUGGCGGAUUCAAGGCGAUCAAUGCAUCUGUGGGUGCGGCGGAGACCUACUCAGAAGGAUUCGCGCCGUGGAACUUCUUCCCUGACGGGCUGAUGGGCAUGGCAUUCCGGUCCCUCUCCGUGUACGAUGACGACCCAGUCUUUCAGACACUCGCACGAGAGGACCAGGUGCAGGAUCAGGUGUUCGCGUUCAAGCUCGGGGAUCAUGGCGCGGAGUUGUCAAUAGGCGGCGUCAACAACGACCUAUAUAAGGGCGACUUGACGUAUACCCCAGUCACUCAUCAGUCGUACUGGCAAGUGAACUUGGAUGGUGCGUCCGUCAAUGGCAACAAGACGCUUGGAAACAUGACCGCUAUCGUCGAUACGGGCACAACAUUCGUGAUCGGCGAUGCUGACGACGUGACCAAGUUCUUCGAGUCUGUUCCCGGUGCAAAGCUCGCGCCCAACAGCGCCGGCCACGGUCUGUACACUGUCCCAUGCAAUGCGACACCCGACGUGAGCCUCACUAUUGGCGAAACAACAUUCAACAUGUCCAAGGAGCUGUUCAACCUCGGGCCUAUCAGCCAUGGCUCGCCAGAGUGCAUGGCGAGCGUCGUGGGGCAGAAGAGCCAAGGGUUCUGGAUCAUCGGAGACACGUUCCUGAGGAGCGUAUACACCGUAUUUGACGUGAAGAAUGCGCGUGUUGGGUUCGCUAGCCUUGCCUGA